GGCGCAGCAGGGCCCGGCCGCGAUGGCCGCGCCGUGCAGGACGCGCACGCUGCAGGUGGUGGACACGGAGUUCAGCGCGGACGCCGUGGAGUGGUGCCCGGUGGAGGGCUGGCACAGCAUCCUGGCCUGCGGCACCUACCACCUGCGCCCGCCCGAGCAGAGCGAUUCCCGGGGGAGCAGCGGGGCCUGUGACCGGACGGGGCGGCUCUACCUGUACCACUACAACGAGGAGCAGCCCUACAUCCCUCUGACCGAGAUCCAGCGCAUCGACACGGCCGCCAUCCUGGACAUCAAAUGGUGCCACAUUCCUGUUGCAGAACAUCCCAUGGCUGGCAUUGCAAACUCCACAGGUGCUGUGGAAUUUUUCCACCUGACUGGAAGUGAGAAGAACAGCUGCAUGUUGGAGCCACGCUUCAGGGUGGAUCUGGGGGCACAGCGCCUGGCCCUGUCCUUGGACUGGUCCACUGGACGAGAGCAGUGUGGAUGUCCUUUAAGAGUGAUCAGCAGUGAUUCAGAGGGGAAGCUGAAUCUUUUCUCCAUAGAUGAAUCUGCUCCUUCUGUGCAUGUCCUGAACCAGUGGGAAGCACACAAAUUUGAGGCCUGGAUUGCUGCUUUUAAUUACUGGGACAUUGAUAUUGUGUAUUCAGGAGGGGAUGACAGCCUGCUCAAGGGCUGGGACACCAGGUGCAGUCCAGAGGCUCCAGUCUUCACCAGCAGGAGACAUUCCAUGGGUGUGUGCAGCAUUCAGUGCAGUCCCCACCGGGAGAAUCUCCUGGCCACAGGCAGCUACGAUGAGCACGUGCUGCUGUGGGACACCAGGAACAUGAGGCAGCCUCUGGCUGACACCCACGUGGAAGGGGGGGUGUGGAGGCUGAAGUGGCACCCCACGUGUGACUUUGUGCUCCUGGCAGCCUGCAUGCAGAGUGGCUUCAAGAUCCUGGACUGCCGUGGGAGCCUGGCUGAAAACACAGAGGAGUGUAUCAUCCUGUCAUCCUAUGUCCUGCACAAUUCCUUGGCCUAUGGGGCUGACUGGUCAAGGCUGUGUCCAAGGGAUUCCUUGCCUGCCAGCCAGGACCUUGCUGCUGCGUGCCAGCCUCAGGAGGAGCUCGUGGCAGCCUCAGGGCAAGGAGAUGAGAGGCUCAAUUUGCAGGUCCAGAACCUGAAGAUAAUUUAUGAGUCUCCCACAGCUACUUUUGAUGUAAUCCUGGAUGAGGAGAGUGAAAGCCCUGCUGUGGCACCCACAGGGGCAGGGCCAAAGCUGGCUGGGGAUGCUGGACUGCUCAGGGGCUCUGGUUUAAAAGGAGGUUUAGAUUUGGCUGCCCAAGGGGCAGAUCCUGGGUCAGCCAGUGGCUCUGACUCAGGAGCCAAGAGAGCCAAUGGAAUGGGGCUGGACAGAGGCUGUGACCCAGCCAGGUCUCCAGACAGCCCCAAAGAAAUGAGCAUUGUGGCCACUUGUUCUUUCUAUGACAACAUCCUCCAUGUCUGGAAGUGGGAGAUGAGCCUGGUGACCCCUCCAGAUGUGCCAAGUCCCAGAUCUCCAUCCAAAGGAACAGCUGGAAGUCUGCAUUGACCAGUCCCAAUGGAAGAGGGGGAAAACUGAACUGAGAGUGAGAGCUGAACUCAAUGCCCUGACUUCUGCUGGGCUUUCCCAUCUUGCUGCUGAGCCUGGGAGUCCUUCAGGGCCAACACUGAUGGGAUUCCUGAUGUUCAAUUUGAGCACAGAGGGAAGCCUUUGCUCAGAGGCCUGUGGUCAUGGCCAGACAGGUCUAUUUUGUUUUUCCCUUCAUGUCCCAGUUCCUCUCACAGGCUGCUGCUUUGUACCUCAGAUCUGACCCUUCCAAGGCUGGUUUCCAUUUCACAGUGGAUCUGUCAGGCCCCUUCCCCUCCUCCCUCACAAACAAGACUUGUUUGUGCUGCUGUGCAGACCCAGUAAGUGAUCAGCAGGGCUCCUGAAUGGCUCAGAAAAGCCCCUGAGCAGAGGCUGGGCUGUGUGAUGGAGGAGAGCUCAGGCAGGCCAGAUGCAGGGCAGUGUGCUCACAGUGAUGUUUAACAGACAAGCUGUGGUUCAGAAGGAAGUGCAGACUCUGUGUGAUGGGAGGUGCUGGGGGAUCCUCCUUGUCAGGGUCCUGGUGCUUCUCCAUCAUUUUCCAUCACUCAUCACCUGCCUGCAGAUUCCUUCAUCAUUCCCAGCUGAGCACACCCUGGCUCAGGUAAAUCCUGUAGUGACCCCACCACCUUUUAGUGCCACUCACCCACCCCCACGGCCUCUCUGUAUUCAGCUCAUUCUUUCUGCUCUCCACAGAGCCACCUUUAGGUCCAAAGUCAAGCUCAGUUUUUAAAAGGUGAACAGCUUUAAGAUCAAAACCUCCAAAAAGUAUAAGUGGUGUUUCUUGACAUCUUUUUAAAUUUAAAGUAAGUACAGAAACCAAAAUCUUAACAGCAUUGCCCUAACUACCUCCAGGAAUGGCUGCAGGAUUUCUCAUGGUUGCUCCAUCAGCUCUCUUUUUUCACUGUGAAACAUCAGCAAAACCCUUUCUGGAACAUUUCUCUACUCCUAGAAACAAAAGACCAGCUUAAACUAGAUCAGUAACCUUUAGCUUGCACGGUUUGUCUUUGAGGGUCCUAAAGAAUGAGUUGUGUGGAGGGAAAGAAACACCAGCAACAGGUCUCUGUGUAACAGUGCUGCAGCAGAUGAGAACUUUGCUGCUUUGUAACCCCCUUCUCAAGGGUGAAUGUGUAUUUUAGCAAACAUUCUGGAGCAGUUACAUGAAGAUUCAUAUUAGUAAUGAAAACAAGAGCUUUUGCUAAAGAAAAAAACAAACAUGCUAUUUUUGGAUGUUUCUAAAAUAAAGCCGAUAUAAGCAA